CCACGUCUGUCUUUCCAUGCCCUUUAUAAAGGAUACAAGGCGGUAGGAUUUUUUGUCAAAACUCCAAAGCAAUCUUGUUGCCGAGACGAAGAACAACAACGAAAACUGAGAAAGACACAAUCUUAAAUAAUGUCGGAGCCUAUCGUGUGUGACAACGGAACUGGAAUGAUCAAGGCGGGAUUAGCUGGAGAUGAUGCACCAAAGGCUAUGUUUCCAAGCAUCAUGGGUCGUCCAAGACACAAGAGGGUGAUGCUUGGAAUGGAUCAGAAAGAAUUUUAUGUGGGAGACGAAGCUCAAGCCAAGAGAGGUAUUCUUACACUUAAAUACCCAAUGGAGCAUGGUAUCGUUAACAAUUGGGAUGACAUGGAGAAGAUUUGGCAUCAUACUUUCCACAACGAGCUACGUGUGGCUCCUCAAGAACACCCUGUGCUUCUCACUGACUCUCCUCUAAACCCUAAGGCCAAUCGUGAGAAGAUGGCUCAGAUCAUGUUUGAGACCUUCAAUACUCCUGCUACGUACGUGGCCGUUCAGGCCGUUCUCGCUCUCUAUGCUAGUGGUCGUACCUCAGGUAUUGUGUUAGAUUCAGGAGAUGGUGUGAGCCACAUAGUUCCAAUCUACCAUGGUUACACACUCCCACAUGCGAUUAUGCGUCUAGACUUAGCAGGCCGUGACCUAACCGACUACCUCAUGAAUAUUAUGAUGGAACGUGGCUACACAUAUACCACAUCAGCGGAGCGGGAGAUCGUCCGAGACAUCAAAGAGAAAUUAUGUUAUGUAGCUCUCGACUACGAGCAAGAACUGGAGAACGCUACAACAUACAAAACCUACGAGCUUCCCGAUGGUCAAGUGAUCACACUAGGUGCCGAGAGGAUCAGGUGCCCUGAGGUUCUUUUCCAGCCGUCUUUGGUCGGGAUGGAAUCUUCUGGUAUUCAUGAGAUGACUUACAAGUCGAUUAUGAAGUGUGAUGUUGAUAUAAGGAAAGAUUUGUAUGGAAACAUUGUCAUGAGUGGUGGCACAACGAUGUUCCCUGGGAUCGCGCAGAGGAUGUGCAAAGAGAUCAGUGCGCUUGCACCAGCUAAUAUGAAGAUUAAAGUUGUGAUUCCUCCGGGGAGAAAGUAUAGUGCUUGGAUUGGAGGCUCCAUUUUGGCUUCUCUAAGUUCCUUUGAACAAAAGUGGAUAACUAAGGCUGAGUAUGAAGAAACUGGAGCGGCGAUUGUUCACAAGAAAUGCUUAUAUUAGCGUUCUUUGUGCUUUCUUCUUUAAGGUUGUGUUUUGGUGAAAUAAAUUGUUAUAAUAUGUGGGAUUCCAUAUAUGAUAUAUCUAGUUCUUUGUUUUGGUCAAAAUGUCAAAGGAUUUCGUUUUUUUUUUGUUUCCCGCUGAAAAAGAAGAACAUGUCCAUGUGUUGAUUAUUGUUAGACUUAUCUUAAUUCUUAAACGAACUAAAAACGAACCUUAAAGAGAGAAAA